GUUCUCAGUAGGGGACGGUUGGCUUGAUAACAGAGCUAAGAACAAAACAAAACAUUUACUGGUGAAAAUCAGACAUCAGCCGUGAAUUGAGCUUAAGCAGGAGCUUCAUGUGCUCCGAGUCCAAUAACCUCGGGUGGAUUCAGUCGUCAUACGAAGGAGAGCGGCUUACUUUUUGUAAAAAAAAUAAACAGGAAGUUGUUAGCGUUGUGGGACGUGUAGUUCCGCUUGCAGGCCGCCGAGCUUGAUAACAACGCAUAGAAUAAAGAAACAAAAAUAAAAUAAUCUUAACUUCAUCUGAAGGCCGCAGUUAUAGCCUCGGCGCUGAAGUAAACAUGCCUGGGUUCACCUGCUGUGUUCCCGGCUGUUACAACAACUCACACCGGGACCGGGACCUGCGCUUCUACACGUUUCCUAAGGACACCGCACUCAGGGAGCAGUGGCUGAGGAACAUCUCCCGGGCCGGGGUCAGCGGCUGCUUCAGUACCUUCCAGCCGACCACGGGGCACCGAGUCUGCAGCGUGCAUUUCGCCGGAGGGAGGAAAACCUACAGCAUCCGAGUACCGUCCCUCUUUCCUCUGCGAGGGGUGAAUGAGCGCAGGAGUCGGCGGGGCAGAGGGAGGAAAGUGUCCGCGGCGGUUCCAGCGCCCGCCGCGGCAGCGCCCUCCGGGAUCGGGGUCACCAGCAGCGUGCUGGGCAGCACGGCAGAAGGAGCCGAGGCUAAUGCAGGCGGGGAGGCGAGCGACGAUAGCAUUACCGUAGUGCAGAUUGGCCAAAACGGGGAGUACCUGGGCACGGCGCGGCUACCCGCCCAAACGGAGGGGACUUCUUACACGGGGCAGAUCGGCGGUGCAGCCGAGGUCACCGUGACCGUCGACUCACAGGUGGACAUCGCGUCCAGCGCGCACCAGUCACCUGUGCAGUAUGUCAGCGUGACCAGCAGCCCGCUGGACCACUCGUACUCUCUGACCACUGGCACCACGUCGGCUGAGCUACUGCGGAAACUGAACGAGCAGCGGGACAUCAUCGCGCUCAUGGAAGUGAAGAUGAAGGAGAUGAAGGCGACCAUCCGUCAGCUCCGGGUGGCAGAAGCCAAGCUGCAGGAGGAGGUACGGGAACGGGACCGGCUGCUGUACGGCCACUCGGUGGCUGUUAACGCCCGGAAGAAAAUGUGAUGGGAUGGGUGAACAUCCCCAGAGAGGAGCCGUUACACAGAGACUCAGACUGACGGAGAUGGCAGUGCGGGGCUGAAGCCCGCAGAUCCCGCCCUUUUUUUUUUUUCUUUUUUUUUUUUUAAAUUAAACUGCGAGCGAUGACAAUUUUCAACAAGUAGAGCUGAUUUUUUUUGUAGGCUGGCUAGUUGAUGUAGCUGAUAGUAAUAAACUUAGAGCUAAUCUCAUAGAAACAUGCACAGUCUGCUACUGGUCUGCAGCCCAACCGAGGUCACACUUAUCCAUUCAGAUGAGACUCAUAGUUUGCACAGACUUGUUAGACUUAUUUAUAACCGGACUGAGGGUACACCGAGGAAGAUGCUCAAAACUGCCUAGCUACAUAAAGUGUUUUUUCUCCUAGAAUUGUUUCUUUUAUUUUGUUACUUUUCAACCGACCAUAGGAAGCUGUUGCAAAAAAAAAAAAAAAUAAACACCCCACAUUAACUUGCGCCAAGAUGAAGUAUCUAUAGGAUUUUAUUAUUAUUUUUAACCAAAACACUAAUCUUGGCCUGCUCAUGGUUGUGGUGAACUAGAUAAAACUACCACGACUGUAUCAGUUGCCUUUAAAGGUACAUUAAUUUUAUUUCCAUUAUUUUUGUUGCUACAAGUAUUUUUGCAACUGAAAAAAGACUUGAACAAAUUCCUCAAAGCUUUAAAGAGCAAAAAUGAAUUGUCAUUAAAAGAUGUUUCUGGGGGACAUUUUUCCUGAAGCAGCACCUGUUUUUUUUUUUUUUUUUUUUGUGGUGUAAUUCAUAAAUUUUAUGUGCCUCUUCAUUGUCAUUGUUCUCCACACAAAUGUAGAGUGGCUACAUCUCUGAUUUGUUAAUCAGUGUUUUAUGCACAACAUAUCACAAACAUUUCAGAUUCUUAAACCUGAUCUGGCAGCUCGCAGAGUUAUUUGUCAAGCCAACAAGCAUUUUGUCCCAUAGCAGCAAUUUAGAAACCUCUGGUGAGGUAAAGGAUGGUGAAGUGUUUGUUGUUUUUAACCUUCAUGUUAAGAGGGAUUUGGCUCAUGUGAUUUCAUCCCCGGACUGCAGUGAGAGUUUUGUUUUAGAAAAAAAGAGAUGGAGAUUUGCAGUGGCUCAUGUAAGUCAUAAUACAAUAUUUUUCAGCUGUGUUGAGUUGUGUAAAA